AAUAAGGGCUUUAUGUUCAGGUUUUCAUAAUAAUCAACUUCUUUUUUCUUUGUUAUUUGAAGUCAGACAAAUUAUUUUCAGACACAUUUUAACAACAACUACAAAACUACUCCAGUUUCCAAAAUCAAACAUCAACGCAGGUAUAUAAAAUAAUAUUUUUAUUCAGUGGAUGUUUCUUUUGUUGCGCAUAUUCUGCGCAGCUUUGUUGCUCUUGAACGCGCCAUCGAAAUGAACUCUGGGAAGGAAAAGAUGGCGGGAUGUUCAAAAACUCUGCUGACUGGUCGAAUUAAUAAUAAAAUAAAGUGUAAAUAAUAAAGUGCAGUGUAGCGACAGUAACCGGAGACCGUUCACCGGCGGAGGUGUUGACGGUGAGCCGGUGCCAUGAAGCGAGGCGGCAGAAAGUUGGACCCUCCGGCCGAUCUGACGGGGUCUCCGCUGGAGCAGCAGGCGGCCAAAGUCAAACCAAACCGCCUGAGCAGGAGCUUCAGACAGACUCAGACAGCGGCGGAGGUCGGUUCACCAAAGAGCCAGCGUUCCGAUUUUAAGACCCCGACCAGGAUCCCCAGAUCCAGAUCGGCUGCUGGUUUCAGUGGAGAGUCUCCGCACAACGACUCAGACUUUCAGCACGACAUCAUCUGGGACGCCACCUCGCCUUCACCCAACAGACUCAGUAAAAGAGGCAGAAAACAGCCGUCCGGAGCCGUGGACAUCUCAGAGAUCGUCAACAGAAUCGCUCCAAAGCAUGGCAGACCGGAGGUGGCAGAGCCGACGUUACAGCAGUGGAUCGGAGACAGCGCCACCAUCCCCUGCACUCCAGACGUCCAAGUCCCCAAACCCAAGAAGAAAUCUCCGAGGCCGAACGGAGUGGACGACCUGCUGAAACUGGCCAAGCAGUUUGACUUCAACAUGUUUCAUCAGGACGAGGAGGAGGUGGAGGAGGUGGAGGACGUGCUCCAGCAGAGUCCAGAGCUCCUGCUUGAGGACAUCCUGGAUUUUGAGAACGACUUUUUGCCGACCGUGAGCGCAGCAGCCGGGACCGAUGCGCGGGUUGAUCUGGAUCGACAGAUGGAGGAUGAUCUGGAUUUCCUGUUCGAUGGACCGACCCAGCACGUGAGCGGAGCUCUGAGUCAGGCGUCAUCCGCUCUGCCAUCACAGAUUAAAGCUGCUCUCCCUUCUUCGUCCAAAGAGGCUUCUGGGAAACCUCCUGUGAGCGUCAAGUUCGAAGACGACUGGGAAAACGACGACUUGCUAAAUGACUCUCUGGUGCUGGAGAUGACACAGAAUCCACAGAUCUUCGCUGCUCCGAAGCACUGCUCGACUCAGAAACCGGUCGGUGUCGGAAAAUAUCAGAGUUCAGGAGCUGCACUGAUCUGUGGAGACGUUAGAAUCAACCAAUCAGCUGUUUGUAAAACGGCAAAAGACAACGUGAAGCAAAGAGCGACUUUCAAACUGGAGUCAAAUCCUCAUUUCUCUGUGAAGAGAAUCCAGUCAAACCCUGAGGUGGCUUUCAGCUCAGAAGCUGCAGGUAAAGCCUCUCAGCAGACCAGGUUUGGUUCCUCAGCUGAGACCGGAUCUCGUUGUACCUGGCAAACGCUGAACCCAGUGAAGUCGGACCAACAGAAACCACAGUUUCAUCAGAGGACGAGUGUUUCCAGCUCCGUGUCUCCAGCUGCUAAACCAGCUCAGAGGUUUCCAAACAAAUCUGAGGUGGUUUCCUCCCACGUCGAGCCGGCCGCCGUCUCUGACUUCCUGGACCACGACCUGGAGGCCUUCUUCGCAUCUGACCUGGUUUGGGACGACCCGGUCGACGAUGACCUGCUGUGUGAACUGUGUGAAGACCUGGAGAACCAGAUCCAGAACCUGGAGAACACGUCAGCCAGACAGAGUCCUCUCAUCGGUCAGACGUCAGACCACAGAACAGUUCUGCAGCCGUCCAACAGAACCUGGGACGACAGGAACCAACAACCAGCCAAUCAGAAACCUCUAACACCCAGAGCUGCUCCUGGUGGUUCAGGUGGACCGGCUGCAGGUGUUCAGGUGAGGGACUCUGUCCAAUAUACACAGACAAAACCCACAUCAGGAUCCACCUCCACCUGUCUGCAGGGCAGCAGCUGGGUCCAAUCAGCUGCUGCAGGACCAGGACCACCACAGGGGAAGAUCAACAAAGACCAGUUCACCUUCAAGAGGCCGAACAACCCGGUUUCUACUGUGACUAACAGAGCACUGAAGCCUGUUUCCUCUGCAGCUGUGGGUAAAUGUUCGGCAGCAGAGAUUGAGCUGAAGAAGCAGCAGGCGAUGGAGCGACGACGACAGCGACUUCAGGCUGCCCAGAACCUGAGAACGUGACUGAGACAAAACUGUGGAGCUGAACGAGGUGGUGUUUUAUACUUAAAUCUGAAUCAGCUCAGAAUAAAGAGCUGCUCAGUGUUAGAACAUCUUGUAGACACACGCUCCUGUAAAAUUAAACUGUACAUGUUCUGUAAUUUAAUGUGUAUGUUGUCUGUUCUAUUCCGUCUUCUUUAUUUUGAAAUGUUGGGAAAUAAACUUAAUCACUUUCUAUUUGUUGGAGCUGUGUCGAGAGAGGAGGGAAUCUCAUGUCUCUGAGUUCAUGUUUAGCCUAGCUUAGCAUAAACACUGUGAGCAGGGGGAAACAGUUAGCUACCUUUCUCAUGUGUUCAAACAAAAACAUAAAACAGAUAAUUUGUUCUUUAUGUUUCUAAAUGAAUGAGAUGAAAUGUGCUGAAACUAGGCUAGCUGUUUCCACCUGCUCAGUGUUUAUGCUAAGCUAAGCUAACCAUGUUCCUGACUCCAGCUCUGUGGAAAGACAGUGAAUAAAUCAGUUUCCUAAAAUGUUGACCUGUUAAAUGUUACAUUUCUAGCUAGGGAAAUUAAUAUGAGCAGUUUUUAUUUGAUUUGUUUGAAUGUUGAGGAUUCAUGGAGCAUUUUAGAUUUUAUCAGCCACAAACUGAAGUCUCUGUUUUUUGAAAAUGUUGCCGCUCUGUGUUAUUUAAUCUUUAAACAUGUCAAAUGUUAUUGUUCAGAAGGUUCGAAACAAACAUUAAUGAAGCUGUUCGUAAAUAAAAUUAGCUUGAAUUUGAUUUCGGUAAAAAAAAAUCUCGUGAGUUCAUCUCUGAGUUAUUUGACAGAGCUAGGCUAACAGUUUGCCCCUGCUUCCAGUCUUUGUGCUAAGCUAGGCUAAACACUUUAUUGCAAGGCGAACUGAAAUGACAGACUGUUCCUUUAAGAUCCUUCUGUGUUGCUGAAAAACAGAUUUAUUUCUACUUUGUUUCUCCUUAAAUAACUUUUAUUUUCUGUUGAGCACUUUAUCAAACUGAUCUGAUGUUUAAUCAAUAGUAAUGAUGUGAUAUUGUUAUUGAUCGUGUGAACUGUGUAAAGCAGCAGUGUGAAGGAUUAAUGAGGAUCUGUUGUUGGAAAUAAAACACAAUGAUUCAUAAUUCAGUUUUCAUCAGUGUAUAAUCACCUGAAAAUAACCUCACUCACAGUGAAUCCUCCACACUGGUUCUUUAGAUUUCAAUAAAAAUUGAGCUAUAUUGUUCAUGUUGA